GACGUGGAGGAGGCAUACUCCGCCCUUCCGAGCUUGCUCAAGUCCUCUCUGCUCCCCUUCCAGCGCGACGGAGUGAGGUUCGCUCUCAAGAGGAAGGGAAGAGUGCUGAUCGGAGACGAGAUGGGUCUGGGGAAGACCCUCCAGGCUCUCGCGGUAGCAGCAGCAUACAAGAGGGAGUGGCCCUUGCUGAUUAUUUGCCCGUCCUCUCUCCGCCUCAAUUGGGCGCAGGAGUGCAGCAGGUGGCUGGAGGGGAUGAAGGAAGAGCCGCUGGAGGUGCAGGUGGUGAUGAAAGGAUCGGAUGCGAUCAAGGGAGUCGACGUGACCAUCGUGUCCUACGACCUUGCCACCAGGAUGUCAGACGCCAUCAAGGCGUCGUCGUUCAAAGUCGUGAUAGCCGACGAAUCGCACUACAUCAAGACGGACAAGGCGCUUCGCACUAGAGCAUGCAUGCCCCUCCUUCGCCAGGCCAGCCGAGCCAUCCUCCUCAGCGGAACCCCAGCUCUCUCUCGCCCUGUCGAGCUGCUCAGCCAACUGCAGUGCCUCCAGCCGAAGAUUUUCUCCUCCAAGAGAGAGUUUCAGCGGCGCUACUGCAACGCGAAGCAGGGGCGGUGGGGGCUCGACACGUCUGGCGCCAGCUGCCUGCAGGAGCUGAGCAUCCUCCUGUCCAGCUCGGUGAUGAUCCGAAGGCUGAAGCGAGAGGUGCUGGUGGAGCUGCCAGCGAAGAGAAGGCAAAAGGUGUUCAUCAACGUUGCCAACAAGGACUUGAAGAAGAUUCAAUCCAUCAUGAACAGAAUUGACUCCGUCGACAUGCGCCCUUCCUCUUCUCCUCCAGCUGGCCAUGCUGGGGACGAGAAGGAGCAGGUUGGUGAAAACGGAGGGGAGAGGAAGCGUCGGCGAGGGUCCAUGCUGGACUCGCUGAUCACAGAAGCCUACCUUGAGACUGGCCUUGCGAAGUUACCGGAAGUUUGCUCUUACCUCGCCGACCUCAUAGAGGGUGGCUGUAAGUUCCUGGUGUUCGCCCACCACCUCCAGGUGCUGGACGGCAUCGAGCGCUUCCUCCUGCGCUCCUCCGUCAAGUACAUCCGCAUCGACGGGUCGGUGCCUCCAGCAGCGCGAGCUGAGCGCGUCAAGAUGUUCCAGGAGGAGGAGGAAGUGCGAGUCGGCGUGCUGGGCAUGACGGCAGCUGGGACUGGCCUGACCCUGACGUCGGCUGCUACCGUUGUCUUCGCGGAGCUCUACUGGACACCAGGGGUGAUGAUGCAGGCGGAGGACCGGGUCCACCGCAUCAGCCAGCAGCUGCCUGUCAACAUCCACUACCUGCUGGCGCGGGGAACAGCCGACGAGCUGGUCUGGUCAUCCAUCGUCAGCAAGGUGAAAAUCGUCAGUUGGGCUCUAGACGGGAGCCAGCAGGCGGUC